AUGGAGACCCGGUCGUCUCCAUCCAUGACAGAGCUCCGUGCGCUUGCCCACACGCGCGGCCUCAAGUACUACCUGCACCUGUCCAAGCCCGAGCUCUUUUCGCUCUUGCAGCGCAAAGAAGGUGGCGGUAGCCAUUGCGUAUCCAGAGAGGCAGUCCAAGACGAUAAAGUGAACGUCGCUCCGAUUGUAGCGAGUGCUUUGGCACCGACUGCAACAGUGCGGUGCAGUGAACGGCUGUCGUCGCUCCAGAAGAAGCGCGCGACAUCCGUUGAAGCUGAAGGCGGAGCUGUGCAGCAGAAGAAGGCCAAGAUAGCGGCUAUUGUGACCAAUACACUGGACCCCAUUAUGCUCACGGAACUGGGUCCGCACACGGUGGCAAUCACGCGGACGAAUGGGUCGGUCGUUGUCUACAAUGUCGAGUCCCUGGUGCAGUACAUUUUAGCCACGGGGGACUUUUCCGAGCCGGAGACGCGAAUUCCGUUUUCCGAUGAGGACUUGCGUCGCAUUGAUGUUGAGGCGAGCAAGGCAAACGUUGAGGAGAAGAGUGUCGUGGACGCCAAGAAACACCGACACACGUUUGACGCACAAAAAGUCAAGCGGGAUGGUGUCCUGGGGCUCGAGCGGUGUGCGUCCGAGUACGUGAACAAGAUGCUGGAAAUUGUCGAAAGCGAUGACCCCGAGGAGGGCGAGAUGCAGCUAAUCAUGAGCGUGUUUCCGUCGUUCUCGGACACUUUUGAUCAAAUCCGGAAAAAUGACCUGGAAUACGCCAAGCACAGUAUGGGCCACUAUAUCCAGUACAUUAAGGGUCCCAAGAACCGGCCAACUGUCGACCGUAGCGGCCUGUUGCCGGUCAUUUUGUGCUUCUUUGACGACGUUGUCAAGGGCAAGCAAGAUGCGAGUGCAUUUGGGUUUUAA